CCACGUGAUUUAAACAUGGCCCCGUACAGGAAAGGGCUGUUGACAUUCGAAGGCGUCCGAAUCAAGCCAGGCAGCACGCUAAUCGCAUUUUUAGAAAGCGUGCGCAAUGGUCACGAUUGCGAAGAAGACCUACGAAAGAAAGCAGAGGACUUUUUAAAAUGCGAUGCUACCGGCAUACCUUUCGGGUCACUGCGCUCUCUGCGCGACGCCGUAAACGCCGAGGGCGUCGGUGCACCCGUUUAUUUGCACAAACUGCUGGAGGGAUCGGAGCUCUGUUUACCGACUCCCGUGACGCCUCCCCGCAACCCUGAACUCGAAGCUCGCGUGCAGAAGCUUAAGGCGCAACAGCUGAAUCGGGACUACGACCGCAUGACAUCUGACGUGGACGUUUGCCGCGCCAGGUCGUCACCAUUCACCAAGGUUGGAGCAGAGGUGCGGCAAGUCAAGCAGCAGUCGUGGGCUCUGGUCAACCUACUGGUCACCGUUGCCGGGACGUUUGCGUUCUUCUACAAGGCGGUCGAGUAUUCGCUGCCUGAUCCCCACAUUCCCCUACAGGUCCUUGUUGGACUCAUUGCCUCCAUUGUGGUGGCCGUUGCUGAGUUGUACUUUUUGAUACGUGUCAUCUAGUCCAAGUACACAGCUUGUCUUUGAAGUCAUAUCUGAUGUGUUCUUUGUGCUCAUUCUGAAGGCUGGAUCCUUUUUGGAUGGGCAUGCAAGAGCAGUGCAAUGUUUGUAGAAUCUGUUGCAACAUUUAUUCACUUGGUGGGAAUUGAGAGCAGUUCAUUUGCAUAACUCGUCAAUCAAUGCUAUCGUACUUGUGGUAGAAGGGCACCAACUAUGACCAUAUGGCCAUAUGGUUGUGUGAGCUACUAUCUCUGGGAAAUUUAUAUCUCUUUGGGUCAAGGAAUGUAUCCAUUUUGCUUAAAUUGAUGCACCUUUGUACUGGUGUGCCGGGGAAAGUUUUGCAGAAAGCAGCGCUGAAACACGGCACUAAGAGGUACACGGAAACAGGUGCUUGCUGACAACUGGUCAUAUUUAAUGUACCACCACAGCAAAUGUUAUGAAAGGAAACAGCGCUGCACACAUGCGCAGACACAAAAAGAUGUACGCACAAACACAUGCAAAUCUGUUAUGAUUAGUAGUUGAUCUAGUCGACCAAUUUUUCAAAGUGCAAUAAUGAUGGUAAGCUGACACUUGUUGCACUUUUCCUGUGGAUUACAAACAUUCCGUGAAUCUCUUGAGCAAGCAUUCAUAACUUUUUGAGUUCAUUGAUCAAUCCAUUGCAGGCACACGGGCAAAACUUAUAGAAAUGUAAGGCCAAGUGGCUGGCAGUAAAUACCUUGAGCAAAAAUAUGCACUUUCUCAGGCAUUUGCUACAUUAAAUACAGUUAGUUGCUAGUUGGUGCCCAUAUCUAUCUCUUGUGAACCCACUCCUUGCCUUUAUCUAGGCCCUAGGAAGCUUCGAGCUGACAGAGAACUGUUUGCAUUUGUGCCCAUCAGAAAAGUGUAUACAGUCUUGUUCUUCCUGCUAUAUCUAACAUCACCAAAGAAUUUGAAUGUCAAUUUUUGUUGUAAUUUGGUAGUUCCUGCCAUUAUUUGUUUUUUUCCACUGGUGUAUGUUUUCAUUCAUUGCGUAAAUCAUUAAGGCAUGGCAGCUACAAGAAAGUGAUGUGUUGGUUGUGUCUGAUUAACUUGAAAAAAAAAUCUACAAACUGUGACCAGUUACUUUUCUGUAAUGAGCGGCCACAGCAUCAGUUGUGUUGUAAUGUGCGCUUUUUUAAGCUAGUCGAAAGGAGGCCACAGAUGUGUGGAAGGGCUUCCAAGAAGCUGUCUAGAAUGGGGAAUUAAUGAAACCUAGUACAGUUACCAUCCUACUGUAUUGUACACGGCUAUCUGGGAAAGGACAUGCCUGCAUGGGGUUACUUACUGCAAACGUUCACUGUGAAAAAAUUUCUGUAUGUAUUUGUCUACAUGGGUGUGUGUGUGUACAGAGCAGGCCAAUGCGUUAGGGAACACAUCAUAUGUACUUGGGAAAAGAUUAGUGCAGAAAUUAUUCACUAAUACUAUAGUAUUCACCAUGUCGCUCUCCUUUCAGAGACCCCACGCUUCUGUACUUCCAUUCACCACCAAAGCAAGUAAAAAAUUCUUAGUCUUGGGUACAGAUCAAAUGUUUCCUUUCCUAUUGGAUCUGAUUGUACACGCACAUUCACACACCCCUGAAUAAAUAUCAUAUCUUAUUUUUCUAUUUCUGACCUCACUGCAUUACUGUUGGCACUCAUUGCCAACAAAGCCCCUCCAACCUUUGAUGUGCGCCGCGAUACCUUAAUUCGUCAACCUCACUGGUUUCACUUCCAGAGUUUCUGUUCCCAGUAGUUCCAUUUCCCGAAUUUCUUAUUCACUGCUCUUGUACUAUUGUACCUCUGCGGCAACAGAUGAUGUUGCUUCUGCUUGGAACCAGAAACUGAGAUGACACAGAUUCCACUUGACACCGGAAGCUGAGGAGCUGAGCAAGGGAGGAGUGUGGAGGAGGAGGGUAGGUUGGCAGUACU